AUGGAAGCUCAACUUGAAGAGCUUCAAAACCAGAUCAAGAGCAUGCACCGGGAUCACCAGACGCAGGCUCCAGUUGUAGUAGAAGCAAUGAUAGAGGAGACCGAGCCUCCGUUUACUAGUGAAAUCAUGGACACAACAAUGCCUUCAAGGUUCAGGAUGCCUCCAUCAUUUAAUAUUCGGAGCAUUCUCCAUAACCCUCACAGGGGCUGCGAGAAGCUGGUACCGACAACUCAAGUCGAAGUUAAUCGGCAUUUUGCCAAGCUCAGUAGAGCUUUCUUGACGCAAUUUAUCAUCAGGAAGAAGAGUCGAAAGUCGUCAACUUAUCUACUCACGCUCAAACAAAAAAGCGGAGAAUUGCUGAAGGACUACAUUUCUCGAUUCAACGAGGAGGCUUUGCAGGUCGAUGAUUACUCCGACAAGAUUUCUUUAACCACAAUAAUCAACAGACUUAAAGAUGGGAGUUUCCUCUUCUCGAUAAGGAAGAACCCCUCGACCACUCUGAAAGAUCUCAUAAAUCGAGCCCAGAAGUAUAUUAACGUCGAGGAGUUCUUUAGCUUGCGAAAAAGUACCCAAGGCUCGGAGCAUUCAUCUAAAGACAAGAAGUGCAAGGAUGCCUCAUUUCAACCUAGCACGAGCAAGAAAAUGUCAGAUGAGGAUGGAUCCCUUGGCCAAAGGCCGAGUAGAAAAUCCGAAAGCCGAUUCAGCUCAUAUACUCCUCUCAAUACAUCUCCAGAGAAGAUCCUGUUGGAUAUCCGAGAUAAAAAGUUAUUACAUUGGCCGAGCUGCAUGAAGACGGAAGCAGGCCAGCGAGACAAACGCAGAUAUUGUCGCUUUCAUCACGACCAUGGGCAUAACACCAGUGAUUGCGUGGACUUGAAGGAGGAGAUCGAGACCCUCAUCCGCAAAUGUCACUUGCAUCAGUACAUAAAAAAAGGAGAGAGGCUUGGAAAGACGAGCAACCGGGCAAAGCUACAGAUGAUGCACAAAAAUGUCUUCGCAUGGUCCCACCAAGACAUGUCGGGCAUCACUCCUGAAGUUAUGGUCCACAAGCUAAAUGUGGAUUCGGAACACAUGCUAGUCAAGCAGAAGAGAAGAGCUUUCGAGUCGGAGAGAUACGCGGCAAUCACCGAGGAGGUUGCAAAACUCCUCGACGCUGGCUUCAUAGAAGAGGUCCACUGCCUGGACUGGAUCACCAAUGUUGUGCUCAUCAAAAAGGCCAAUGAAAAGUGGCGAGUUUGUGUAGAUUACUCCGACCUCAACAAGGCUUGCCCCAAGGAUAGUUUUCCUCUCUCGAGGAUCAACCAAUUGGUCGAUAACACAGCCGGGCACGAGCUCCUAACGUUUAUGGAUGUAUACUCUGGUUAUAACCAGAUAAUUAUGCACUCCUCGGACAAACAGAAGACGACAUUUGUCACUGAUAAAGGACUCUAUUGCUAUCAGGUCAUGCCCUUCGGGUUAAAGAAUGCAAGGGUAACCUAUCAACGAUUGGUGAAUAAGAUGUUAACCCAACAAAUCGGUAAGACUAUGAAAGUUUAUGUCGAUGACAUGCUGGUGAAAAGCAUCAUAUCAGCCGACCACACCUCGAAUCUGGCCGAGACCUUCUCUAUCAUUCAGGAGUACCAAAUUAGAUUGAACCCGACCAAAUAUGUGUUCAAUGUGGGGUUCAGGUAA